AUGCACGAGGACAGGGGCUCACUUUACUUUUGCUCGCAACAGAUAGUCUUGCUUGGUGAGAACGUUGACAUCGACGUUGACGAGCCGUCCGUUGGCCUUCGUUGGUCUAUCGUCGCCUGCGGGACAGACUUCGUCCUUCCUGGAUCUGAAGGCAUACACGAGAGCUCAUCCUGCGGUCUCCCAAAUAUCCCGUUGGAUAUCUUUGUCGAUAGUGACGUGGAUCCUGCUGCGAAGUACGAUCCAGCUCAGUUCCCAGUGGUCAAUGGUACCGGACAAAGAUUGAGUGUUCAAGCGCUGUUUCAGUUCGGCCGCGAUCAUGUCCUCGAUGUCCACGAGGAUUACCUAUAUCCUUUUGAUACAUAUCGCCUUACUACGACACUCCGCGCCACAUCUGCUGGCAGCAAUAACACUGGAGAUCCCAUCGCUAUCAGUACUCUCACCACAAUCACGAAGACUUCCAGCUUCGUCGUCCAGCCCGAGGAUAUCAAUAGCUACGCACUGGCGUCGGAUGGCUCACACGUUCCAAGUCAGGACCUCAACCUGUUGAUACAAAGACCGGGCGUCGCGCGUGCGAUAACGAUGCUGUUGUUCAGUGUCAAUUGGAUGUUGGCGCAUUCUACAAUAGGUUUCGUGGCAGUUUCUUGGCUGUCCUCCGACGGGGAAAAGAUCCGUCGUUACCUGACAUUUAUCUUUGUCAUUGUUUUGGCCAUACCGGAGAUCAGAAAAACGAUGCCCGAUGCCCCUGGUUUUGACGGUGUCCUCCUCGAUAGCAUCGGUUUCUUUCCGCAAAUGCUCAUAACUGGAAUGUCCGCUAUCGUGCUAUUAUGCAUGAUCGCCAAACGGGAAUUAGAACUAUCGUUCGAGCCCCGUCCGAGCUCAGAGCUUCCGCAUCGCAAACCACGAGUUUCCAUGCACUUUUCUAAGGAAGUUAGGAAUUUGCGACGGGGAGGAACAUCUGUUGAUUUCAGGGAGGCGCGGAGCUGGACUUGA